CGGUCAAUAUCGGUAUCAGUUGCGUGCGGCAGGCAAUGUUGCCAACUUGGCGAUUUAGUCGAUGGAGCUGGCGAGAUUCCAACCGCCUUUGACGACAUAUUUUCUCAAACACGACGAGAAACAAAAUCUAGCGACUUUUCUGACAUCGUUGGGUAGUUUUAUAUAUGUGAAAGCACGUAUUGUUCUGCAUUUUCUGUUCUCACUGAGCAGCGGCGGGUGCUGUUAACAGGUCUGCCCCGCCCAAAGGCAGUCACAAGCCAUGAUGUGGCGCUCUAUGCAUCUAAAGUGCAAAUGGAUUGCUAUUACAUAUAUUCACCAUUAGAGCAUGCUACUCACGACCCGCAUCUGUCAUGUUAAUAUGAGCCGUAGAUUAAACACAGCAUCAUUUUAUUCACUUUUCAAUUCUACUAAUUUAAUUAAAAAAGUUCUCAAUUGCCGAUGUGUGAUGGGAAAACUUUGGGAGGCGCUGGCCGAGAUAAAAUAUUACUUAUUUUAUUUUGAUGAAAUGAUGGACAAUUUUAAAUUAACAAAUCAAGAAUCAAGUUUAUUUGUAGUUCUAAACGUAAGUGAGAUGUUUUUGCUCACUUUUUUUGUCUCUCCUACAAGAGUAUGCUUUUUUCCUUUUUUCCUUCCGGCUGAAUACUCAAUAAAUAUAGUGACAAAGUCGCUAUGCUGGCAACACUGAUCCCUCCUGCUACGUCGUCUUAUUCUCGAGCAGACCAGGUGCUUAUGAGUUGUGUUAGGAAGCAGAGUUACAAUGCCAUCUACUGUACAGCGUUGGAACAACAAGCUACAUUUACAGACAGUCACAUUAUAAUGCGUCUAUGAGAGAUUGCAAACAGCUGGCAGGUCUUCAUCCCAGCUUGCCCCACAUCCUACUGCGGGGCAUCACACACUCCAUCAUCGUGGCUCUUUCCGUCUCCACCACAGCUCUCAUAGGUCAGCCUGGCACUUCUCAUCGGCGCGCACACUCCGCAUUAACAAAUAGUAAAGCCAGCAAAGCAGUAUUGAAGCCACUUAUUCUGGACAAUCGGUGCACUGCCUUCCAGUACCGGGUCAUCCGAAAUUCAGCUGAAGGUGAAAGUCUUCACCAACGUGCCGCAAAGCUUGCGAUGCCGGGAUCCUCAGCGGUCAGCAGCAAGGCUCGGGUGUACACAGAUGUCAACACAUGGAAGAACAAGGACUACUGGGAUUAUGAUGCACAUGUGCCAAACUGGAGCAAUCAAGACAAAUACAAGCUGGUGCACAAGUUGGGCAGAGGGAAGUACAGUGACGUUUUUGAGGCCAUUGAUGUAACCAACAACGAUAAAGUAGUCGUGAAAAUCCUCAAGCCUGUUAAGAAGAAGAAGAUCAAACGGGAAAUUAAAAUUCUGGAAAAUCUACGUGGGGGAACUAACAUCAUCCACCUGGUUGACACAGUCAAAGACCCUGUGUCCAGAACGCCAGCACUUGUCUUUGAGUACGUCAGAAACACAGAUUUUAAGGAGCUCUACCAGAAGCUGACAGACUAUGAGAUCCGUUACUACAUAUAUGAGCUUCUCAAGGCUCUGGACUACUGCCACAGUAUGGGAAUAAUGCACAGGGACGUGAAGCCUCACAAUGUGAUGAUCGACCACCAGCUGAGGAAGCUGCGUCUCAUAGAUUGGGGGUUGGCAGAGUUUUACCAUCCCACUCAGGAAUACAAUGUCAGGGUGGCAUCUCGCUAUUUCAAGGGCCCAGAGCUACUUGUUGAUUACAAGAUGUAUGACUAUAGUUUGGACAUGUGGAGUCUUGGCUGUAUGUUGGCGAGCAUGAUCUUUUUGAAGGAGCCAUUUUUUCAUGGCCAGGACAACUAUGAUCAGUUGGUUCGCAUCGCUAAAGUACUUGGCACGGACGAGCUGUUCGGCUACCUGCGCAAGUAUCACAUCGAACUGGACACUCGCUUCAAAGACCUGCUGGGACAGCAAACACGGAAGCAUUGGGAGCAGUUUGUCGAGAAGCAGAACCAGCACCUGGUGAGCCCAGAAGCUCUGGACCUACUGGACAAUUUGCUGCACUAUGACCACCAGCAAAGACUAACAGCAGCGGAGGCCAUGAGACACCCCUACUUUUACCCUGUGGUGAAAGAAAGGGACAAUACAGACCACACAAAGACCAUACACACCUCCCAAUGCAACAUGAUCAGCACAGAAAAGUCCCACUAGGAAGAACCUGUGUUACUUCAGCCGACGAGGUUCUCUGCUUCCGCACCAACAGCUACAGUGGCGUAAGAUUUACACACAUAAACACUCCUCCCUAUUAAGUCAAGGGAAUCUGUACUGAGUUUGGACCAAAUCUUAACACCUCACAUUUUUUCCAAGUAAAUGACUAUUGUAUCAGGACAAAGCAGGUAUUGUGCUAAAAAGCUGUAGAGAUCUAUAGAGUGCAAUGUUAGCACUAAAAGCUCUUUUAUUCUAUGGCGAGAACAAAAUCUAUACUGAAAGAGAAUAAACAAUUUUUAUUUGAAUAUUUGUGUUGGAGGUUGAGAGUUGACAUUUCCUGAAGUAGUGCUUACAUUCAGAAUAUUACAAGUACACUAGGUCCCCAGCUUACGAACACCCGACUAGCGAACACUCGUGGAUACGAAAACAAGCUGACUGGUCUAUAUUUUAUUUUAUUUUGUCUUGUAGUCGCUCAAUCAGUAUUUAUACUGCUACUGUACAUGCUUGACCAGUAGAGGGCACUGUGACACUGCUAAUGGGACCGAUGGAUGGAAAAGCUAAAUGAUACAACCCGGACAGAGCGUGUGAUUAAAGUUUAUGAAGAGUUAAUAGGCCUGCUUAAUUCUACACCAGCCACAGAACACUACCUCUUUUAGAAGAGCCUAACGACGAUGACAAUUUGUCCUUUUUUUCAAUAUCUCCUCCUCCAACUCCACCACAACGACGUAUGCUCGACCACUCCUCUUCAAAGGUAAAUACAUUUAUCAUUACGUAUUAUUAUAUCACUUUUAUUAUUGUUUUUUUCAUUAAAUAUCCUCGUUUAAUAUUACUACUGCAUCCAAACUCAUAUUUACAUACAUACACAUAUACUGUAUAUGUAUACACGUACAUGUAGUACCUAUAUCAUUGGUAAUAUUACCUUUUCCCCUACUUAAGUACGAUUCGACAUAAGAAUGGUCGUCUGGAACCAGUUGUGUUUGUUAGUUGGGGACUUAGUGUAUAUAAUUUUUUGAAUUUCCAGUUUUUAUACCACUUAUUCUUAUAACACUUAUUCUGUUACUUAUCCUGUUUACUUGAGAGGUGAAACUGAUGACUUGACAAUUACAUGGACGGCCAUUCACGCUCUCAUUCACUACUAACACAGUACUGUACUGAGUUCCAAGUGGAGUACAGCAACUCUCAGUACCAAAAAUGAGAAAAUGCCAUUGUCAUCCAUUAUGGAAUAAGAAAUAGUUUGCGGAGAGGUAUGUGCAACAUUUCAAAUAUAAGAGAAAAAACUUGGUAUUGAUAUGACACUGUGCAUCGUGCUUCACUUUUUCUACAUUUUAUGUUAGCUUUAUUCCAAAAUGGUUAAAAUUCAUUUUUUUCCCUCAAAAUUCUACACAUCCUAUAAUGACAAUUUGAAACAUGUUUUUUUGAAAUCUUUGCAAAUGUAUUAAAAAUAAAGAAAUAACAUGUACAUAAGUAUUCACAGCACUUGACUUUUUCUACAUUUUAUGUUAGUCUUAUUCUAAAAUGGAUUCAUUUUCUUCCCCAAAAUUCUACACACAACACCCCAUGAUGAUGACAUGAAAAACUUUUCUUUUAUCUGUAAAUUUUUAACAAUAAAAAAAGUAAACAUUUACAUGUACAUACUGUACGUAUUCGCAUUUCACUUUUUCCAUAUUUUGUUGUUUUACAACCUUAAUCUAAAAUGGAUUAAAUUCAUUUUGGGGUAGAGCAGAAGGUUGGUGGCUCCAAUCUCGGUCCCUCCAACCAGUCAGUGGUGUUGUGUUCCUGGGCAAGACACUUACCUACUUUGCCUCCAGUGCUGCCCACACUGGUGUAUGAAUGUGAAUGAAUGUUUGGUGGUGGUUGGAGAGGCCGCAGGCGCGAAUUGGCAGCCACGUUUCCGUCAGUCUGCCCUGUGAACAGCUAUAGUUUACCACUACCAGUGUGUGACUGAGGAGUGAAUCAAUAAUGGGUUCACUUCAUUGUGAAGAACUUUGGGUACCUUGUUGUUGUUGUUGUUGUUGUUGUCCUGUCCAGCCAUUAGGGCAGAUAGUAUUGUUGAGCUAGAUGCCCUUACGUGCUGAACACAUUGGCUCUGCCAGGGAAAAGUGCGAGAUACACUUCCCCUGUUAUACAGAAUUUAUUUGACUUUGAUGUUCUUUUGUUAUGCAAAUUGGAGCGGCCAGAGCAGGAGGGGAUAGAGAAGAAGAUAAAAGAAAACAGGGGGAGUGCGAGGACAAUAAAGAGAGAGACGAGCACAACAGCAGCAGCAACAAUUGCGACAACAAUAACAAAACAACAGAAACAAACAGGACUACAUCAGCAAAUGUCUGUGAUGGCAAUAAAGACCUUGACGGAAAGGACAAAAUAAUAACCAAAAUGAUAGCACUGCAUUGAAAUAGUCAUACAUAUUAGUAGUAAUAGUAGUAAUGAACUAUGAUAGUGAACACAGUGACAACAACUGUAAUGCACACAAUUGUAAUAACUAUACUCAUAUUGCCGACAUCACCGUCACUGUAAUAAAACCAACAACAUAAUAACACCCUGGUUAACUCAAUGAGUUAUGUGGGGAAGCGCGUAUGUACUUUGAGUGUGCAGAUAUAAGUGUGUACAGGUAUCUCUGUAUGCGUGCAUGUCUUCAUGUAUAUAAAGGUGCAAGAAUGUGUGAGCGUGGAAUUAUCACUGACAAUGCAUGAAAGGAGAGGGACUGCCUUCUACCACCCAGCAAGCUCAGCCCCACACAGCCAGGCCGAGCCCCCACCACCAGAAAGCCACUGGACCCGCAGGGGCGGGCAAAACCAAGACCAGCCCCCCAAGAGCCAGCCCACAGAGCCCUCCUCCCCGGGAAGACCAGCAAGGGGCCGCAGAGAGGCAAUCCCAACCAGAAACAGGGCACCGGCAGGCCGGAGGACAGCCAACCCCCGAGACCGGCGAGAGACCACACCCCACAAGGGCACACGGGCACCGGGGGCCACACACGAGCAGGCCCAGAGAUUCCCCCGCAACCGGAAAGGAGCCUGCCCACAGCGGAAUACUUUGUAGAUGCACCUUUUGCAGCAGUCACAGCCUCAAGUCUUUUUGAAUAUGAUGCCACACAUUAUUCAUUGCUGCACCUCUCAAGCGUGAUUUGGGAAGCGUCGGUGAACAGCCAUUUUUACAUCUCUCCAGAGAUGUUCAGUGGGGUUCAAGUCUCAGCUCUGGCUGGGACCACUCAAGAACAUUCUCAGAGUUGUCCUGAAGACACCCCUUUUGAGAUAUUGGAUGUGUAUUUAGGGUCGUUGUCCUGCUGAAAGGUGAACCUCAGCGCUCAGCGGCAGGUUUUCAUCCAGGAUGUCUCUACAUGUCUGCAUUCAUCUUUCCCUCUAUCCUGACUAGUCUCUCAGUUCCUGCCACUGAAGGACAUCUCCACCAUGCCUCAGUGGUGGGAUGCCGUUGGCCAGGUGAUGAGUGGUGCCUGCGUUCCUCCAAACAGGACACCUGGCAUUCACGUCAAAGACUUCAAAUUUCUCAUUAUACUGUACCUGAGAUUUUUAUUUGUCAUUGUCUGAGACUUUCAUGUGCCUUUUGGCAAACUUCAGGUGGGACGCCAUGUGCCUUUUUAUUAAGGAGUAUCUUCUGUCGAGCCACUGUACUAUACAUACCUGAUUGGUGGAUUGCUGUAGAGAUAGCUGUCCUUCUGGAAGGUUCUCUCAGGUUCUUGGUCACCUACCUGAUUAAGGCCCUCAUUCCCCGAUUGCUUAGUUCGAUGGCUGGCCAGCUCUAGGAAGAGUCCUGGUGGUUCUGAACUGUUUCUCUUUACGGAUGAUGAAGGUCAUGGUGGAGAUUGGGACUUUUAAAGCAGCAUUUUUCAGUACCUUUCCCCAGAUCUCUGCCAUGUCUACAGAAAAUUCCCUUGACGUCAUGCUUGGUUUGUCCUCUGACAUGCACUGUUAGCUGUGGGACCUUAUACGGACGUCUGUGUCUUUUCCAAAUUAUGUCCAGUCAACUGAAUUUACCACAAGUGGACUUCAAUGAAGCUGUACAAACAUCUCACGGAUGAUCACUGCUAACAGCAUGCACCUGAGCUCAAUUUUCAGCUUCAUGGCAAAGGCUGUGAAUACUUAUUUUGAUGUGAUGUCAUCACUCUGCUAACAUUUCCAUAUUGUCAUUUCGGUGUGUUGAAUUUUGAGGAGAAAAUUCAUUUAUUCCAUUUUGUAACAAGGCUCUAACGUAAAAUGUCGAAAAAGUGAAGCGCUCUGAAUACUUUUUCACUGUACAUUAGCUUUUUGAAUUGGGUACACUGUAUAUAGUGGAUAAAUAAGAAUACUGUACAUACAAACUCCAUGACAGCAAUAGGUUUUUUUAUGUGUUCUUUUAAUUAUUGAACCAUAUAUUCAAGUUCAUGUUUCCCGGGUGGUUGUUGUGAUAUUGAAAACACAAGAGCAGAAUACAUUAUGUCAUGCCAUAAUUGGACAACAACACAAACAGAACAGACAUAAAAUUAAUGCCUUAAAGCCGGGAAUGAUCCCAUUCGUGUUUUGAGUGACCUGGUUUCCCCCGCCAGUCUCUGAUGAUCAUGUGACCCAGAAGGACUAGCCUGAUAUGUGAAAUGUGAAGUGUCAAUUACAGUAAAAAGCAGUGGGAACACAUAGUCAGCUAUACAGUAAUUAUCAUUUAUCAAAAGGCACAGUGACACCCUUGCUCACUCAAAUAGCCCAUAAAUAUGAGUAUUUGUAAAAUUAUUCAUUUGUUUUCUUGCUACAACUUUUACGCCAGUAUCCUCUAAAAAGUGCAAAGCAUGUGUUUUGCCGACUUCUUCACAUAUCAGGUCAACUGUGUCCAGGCUGGUCCACCAAUAGACCAAUAAAGUAAAGGUGGUCCAGAGUCACCAGGGCAAGUACAAAGACCAUGUAGUCAUUACUGGCUGAAAAAUGUUAUUUAAAUUUACUUCAUGUAUCUUUUUAAGUUGCCGUCAAUAAAUAAAUGAGGAAUCAAA